UUGAUAGCUAUAUCAAAUAAAAAUAUAGUUCUGAAACAAAGCAAUCACAGUACGAACGAUGAGCUUUGCGUGGAAAGUUUUUGCAGCUUGCUUCCUGCUUCAAGGUGCUUUCGCCCAACUACCGCUGAAUAAUGAACUGACGAUCCGCAAGGGCGACCAAGUGUUGAAUAGAAACGCUGCAGCAUUUUUUGAAGCCAUUUUCAAUCCUAACAAUGAAAAAACAAUUUCGGUUAGCAACAUCAUACCAGAUGACAUUAGUACAGAAGUAUGCCUGGAUAUAUACACCGCGCGACUGGAUAUCGCCACCGCGGUUGGUGGCAAUAAAGUGCGACAAUGUUUACGCGUUAACAAUUUUCUGCUGGAAAUCUAUAUGAAGAUGUUUGGCGUAUUAACUUUGCAGUCGCAAUUUUUACAAGGCAUUCAGCAGUGUUCCUCAGAAUUUAUAAUGGACUUAAAAUUCCGGUGCUAUUCUAGAGUAAUUACCAGGAUAUUUAGAGAACUGAACUACAUCCCAACUGAGGCACAAGAAAUCGACGAACGCUGUGUACGUUUUGAAUUAGAUCGACUUGUACGACAUCUGGGGAAGGCUGCAAAUAAAUAUCAAAGAUGUAUUUUAUACUCGAAAAAUAUUUGCAAGAACUCUACUAUACCCACCCCACCUAAGUAUAAUACUACGUGGGCUCCUCCACAUUGGAACACUACUAGGUAUCCGCCUCAUUUGAAUAGCACAUAGGCUCCUCCUCAAUGGAACGCUACCUGGAAUCCACCUCAAUGGAAUAGCACGUGGGCUCCUCCUCAAUGGAACUCCACUUGGACUUGGAAUCCACCUCAAUGGAAUAGCACAUGGGAUCCACCUCAAGCGAAUAGCUCAUGGGCUGCUCCUCAAUCGAAUGGCACAUUGGAUGCACCUCAAUGGAGUAGCAUAUUGGCUCUUCUAGAAGGAGACUCAACUAGGGCGCCUCCUCAGUUGGUCCCUGAGUGGGCUUCUCCACAAUUUAACACUUCAAUAAACUCAACGUGGAAUCCAUUACAGUCCAACUCAUCUGGCAAUUGAAACGCUACUCAGAUACGAGCAUCAUUAAAUACAACAGAGGAUGCAGAAGUGCCGAACACUGCCGAAAGCAGUUCCGUUAGCGAGAGUACGCAUUGGUGGCAAAAGCUCUGGCGUUUAUUCAGUUAAUAUUUGUAUAUAUAUUUAAGCCAAUGCUUAUAUAAGUGGAUUUUAAUUUCAAUAAUUCAAUAAUUAUUUGUAAUAAAGCUACAUAACCGAAAAACAU